AUGACCGACUAUGAGGCUGUGACGGCUUUCCUGGGCCACUGGGGACCCUUUCAGCAAGCGGUGUUUUUCCUGCUGUCCCUCAGCAUCAUCCCCAACGCUUUCACCGGCUUGUCCAUCGUGUUUAUCGCCGACACGCCGUCCCACCGUUGCCUGUUACCCGCAGACGCCAACCUCAGCGCCGCAUGGAGAAACAGCAGCAUCCCGGUGGUGAGGGACAGCAGCAGCGGCGAUUUGGUGCCCAGCAAGUGCUCCAGAUACAAACUAGACGUCCUGCAGAAUUUCUCGGAGAGAGGCUUGGUCCCCUGGAUUGAUGUCAACCUGUCUGGUGUGCAGCAGGAGGGCUGUCUGGACGGGUGGGAGCAUGACCACAGCACGUACAUUUCCACUAUUGUGUCUGAGUGGGACCUGGUGUGUGAUGACAGAUGGAAAAAGCCGUUGACUUCUUCACUUUUCUUCUGUGGAGUGCUCACUGGGUCCUUCAUCUCAGGACAGUUUUCUGACAGGUAUGGAAGGAAAAUAGUGCUGUUUGCUACCAUGGCUAUCCAGUCAGUGUUUACAUUAAUCCAGGUGUUUUCUCCAUCCUGGCCUGUGUUCUGCGCCUUGUUCUUUAUCAUUGGGGUUGGACACAUUUCGAAUUAUGUGGCUGCAUUUGUGUUAGGAACAGAGAUAUUAAACCCACCUGUGCGGGCAGUUUUCUCCACUGUGGGAGUGACUCUGUUCUUUAGUUUAGGCUACAUGAUGUUGCCGCUCAUCGCUUUCCUCAUCAGAGACUGGAGGACGCUCCUCCUCACCUUAACCUUGCCUGGCUUCCUCUGUAUGCUUUUCUGGUGGUUCAUCCCAGAGUCUCCCCGGUGGCUGCUCUCUCAGGGAAGAGUGAAGGAGGCCGAGCUCAUACUGAGAAAUGCUGCCAAAAAGAACAAAGUCGAGGCCCCACAGGUCAUCUUUAGUCCAGAACAGACAGACCUUCAGUCUGAGAAAAGGAAGGCCCACAACAUCUGUGAUCUGUUCCGUUCUAGAAACAUCCGCUGGAUCUCUCUCACGCUGUGGCUGGUCUGGAACACCAUAGCUAUUGCCUACUUUGCUCUUUCUCUGAACACGUCAAAUCUUCACGGCAGCGCCUAUUUCAACUGCUUCCUGUCAGCUGCGAUAGAGGUGCCAGCCUACAUUUUGUCAUGGCUAAUGUAUCGCUGCUGUCCCAGACGACUGAUUCUCUUCUCAACCCUCUUCCUGGGAGGGGUGAUGCUGCUCUUCAUACAACUCAUACCAAAUAACCUGAUCCCCUUGGCCAUCACGCUGGAGAUGAUGGGGAAGUUUGCAGUGACGGUGGCAUUCUCUGUUGUUUAUGCCUACACUGCAGAGCUCUACCCAACUGUACUGAGGAAUACAGCCCUGGGUGCAUGCUCCAUGGCCUCAAGAAUAGGCAGCAUCUCUGCCCCAUAUUUUAUUUACUUAAGAAAUUAUUCCAUUUCACUGCCUUACAUCCUUAUAGGAAGUCUUACGGCUCUGUCGGGGUUGCUGAGCCUCCUGCUCCCGGAGUGCUAUGGAAUGCCUCUUCCUGACACUAUAGCACACAUGCAGCCCUUCCCUGGAAAGGCACACAGAAAAACUCGGACUAAACAGGAGGGAGGGGACAACGAGACACAGGUGGAACACAUUGGGAUAAUUACAGGAGGCGGGAGGAGAACACAGAGGGGAAGUAAACACAGAGACAACACAAGGGGAGACGAG